AUUUCAAUUGAUCUUUUCUGGGUUUUCUUUCGUGUAAAUUUAAUCUACUCUCUAUAUCAUGAAGAUUUUAUGUUGUGUGUUUCUGGAGGCGAAAAAUACUACCCCUAAAAAUAUUUGCACUUAUUUAAGACUCAUCCUCUAUAAUUACUUGCAAGGUAUUAUUUUUAAAUCUUUUUAUAUUUGCAACAUUACUUUCUUUCAUUUUGCAAGUAGUUUUAAAUGUUUUAAUAAAAGCGUAAUUAAAGGAGACGUCUAAGCCUCUCACCUCUAUAAGGACGGUUUAAUGAACCCUUCAAAAAAAAUAUAGAAAACUAUUAAAUCAGUUAUUGAUACGUUUUUUUACUAUGAUUAGUAAUAUUGUACUGCGUUAACCCGGAUUUUAAGAUCAAUCUGGAGGGCAAGGUCGUCAUUUUAACUAUAAAAGAAUCAAACCGCAAACUGUAGGUAUCAAUUGAUCGUUUACACAUAACGAACAAGUAGCUAUGAAUUCCUUUGCUGUCGUUGCUUUCUUUGCCUGCGUGGCCGCCUGCAGUGCCGGUUUGGUAGGUCCAUCCGCCCACAUCCUGCAAGGACCCAGCAGCAAAACCACCCUCGUAGGUCCUGAAGGUAGUGUAAUCUCCGCUCAUGCCCCAGGAGGUCAAAUCGUACACGAAGAGCACCCAGGAUUCGUAGCUCACGCCGCACCAGUUCUUGCACACGCUGCUCCAGUUGUAGCUCAUGCCGCCCCUGUAGUCUACUCUUCCCCUGCAGUAGCUCACGCUGCUCCAGUAGUAGCUCACGCCGCUCCAGCUCACGCCGCUCCAGCUCACGCCGCUCCAGCUCACUCUACCGUUGUUGCUCACUCCUCCGCCUACAAACACGACAGUGUUGUCGUAGCUGGACCCUCCGGAACCAUCUCCACUGGACACGGAGCUCAUGCCGCUCCCGCCGUAGCUUACGCUGCUCCAGUUGUAGCUCACGCUGCUCCAGUUGUAGCUUACUCUGCUCCAGUUGUAGCCCAUUACGAUGUUGACAACAACGGUUACGUAGGCCAAUACGUACAUGACCACAGCGAAACUUUGUACGAUGAUGGAUCUUACAAACCUCAUCAUUAUCAUUAUUAGGGAGGAUUUAAAAAAAAUAAUUUAAGUGAGAUUGUGUCAUCACUAACUGAAUACUGUAUAUAAUCAGUCUAUUUGUAUAUAUUGUUUAUAUGUACGUAGCAGUGUAUUUUUUUCAAAUUCAGUCUUCCGAGUCCACAAUCAAGUAUUAUAAGAAUCUAUUUAAUUAUUG